GGGUGGGUAAACAAAGAGACACUGCUCAAUCACAACGAGCGCUUGGAGUUGGCAGCCAAUAUUCGGCCAAUUAGACUGCUACUAGUAAAGCUCCAAAAACUCGCCACCAAGAUCGUUCACUCAACAACAAUCCUCCUUCCUGUGUGGAAAGGCAUUCUUGAAGACUUGAAGCUUGCACAGCAAAUCAUGCCAAGGGAUGUUUCAACACGUUGGAAUUCAACGUUUGAUAUGUUGAACUUCGCAUUGGAGUACCGAAAUGCGAUUGAUGUCAUCGUUGACAAGCAAAAGUUGGGUCUUGGGGAAUAUGUGUUGGAAGAUGGUGAGUGGAUGCUUGUGAAACAACUGCAUGAUGUGUUGAAGGUAUGUGGUCACAUGACACUAUCUAAAUCUAAUUAUCUUGUAGUCCUCCAUCCCCAGCACAAGCUGUCAUAUUUUCGGUCUGCCGGCUGGCAGCAGGACUGGAUCGACACAGCUGAAAACCUUGUUUGCACAGAAUUCAAGUGUUAUGUGUCUCACUUA